AUCCCAGCUCACUAAUCAGUGUGUCAGUAGCUAAAAAGAGGGCAGCACAGGUGUGACUGGAGGUGUGAAGGAUGAGGAGAAACUGGGAGGUCAGAAAUUAAUAAACCGGUUUUGAAGCUGAAAACAAUACAUCAUCAAAAUGCAGUUUCAGUCCACAGAGUUGAGCUCUGAAGGUAGUCUGGCAACGUGGCUUUCUCCACCUUGUGCACUACCACGGUUUACGUUACUGCUACACGGGGUUUUGUUUGCCUCACGGAAGAGGGAGCAGCCUCACCUCAAGCCCUCACGCCUCCCGGCCGAAUCCCGAAUGAGGAGCGGCACCGUUUCGACCCAACUCCUGCCAAGACUGAAGCCAUUCAACAGACUGCAAGUAAUAUUGCAACACUUGAAGAUGUCUAAACAUACAAAUUCAACAGCUGAAGUGCUUUUGGAAAAGAGGGGAAGUGCAGGAAUAAUAACUUUGAAUAGACCCAAGGCUCUCAAUGCACUAACCUUUUCUAUGAUCCAACAAAUUUAUCCACAAAUAAAGGCUUGGGAGCAAGAUCCUGAAACUUUUCUAAUAAUUAUAAAGGGAACUGGAGGAAAAGCUUUUUGUGCUGGGGGUGACAUCAAAGCCAUUGCAGAUGCAGGAAAAGUUGGAGGUAGAAUGACACAAGAUUUCUUCAGAGAAGAAUAUAUCCUGAACAAUGCCAUUGGCACUUGCAAGAAGCCAUAUGUGGCACUUAUCGAUGGCAUUACAAUGGGAGGGGGAGUUGGCCUCUCAGUCCAUGGACAUUUCCGAGUUGCUACGGAAAAGACACUUUUCGCAAUGCCAGAAACAGCAAUAGGCCUUUUUCCUGAUGUAGGUGGAGGGUAUUUCUUGCCAAGACUAUCUGGAAAGAUUGGCUAUUACCUUGCACUAACAGGAUUUAGGCUGAAAGGAAGAGAUGUACUAAAAGCUGGCAUCGCUACACAUUUUGUGGAAUCCGAGAAGCUACCUGCCUUAGAGAAAGACCUGACAGCACUGAAAUCUCCUUCAACAGAAAAUAUUGCAGACUUACUGAACUCUUACCACGUGAAGAGUAAAGUUGAUCAAGAAAAGGAGUUUGUACUUGAUGAACACAUGGAGAAGAUUAACAGUAUUUUUUCAGCAAAUAGUAUGGAAGAAAUUGUUAAAAAAUUGAAGCAAGAUGGUUCUCCUUUUGCCAUUAAGCAGCUAGAGACUAUUAAUAAGAUGUCACCUACAUCCUUAAAGAUGACUUUCAGGCAGCUCAGGGAAGGAGCUUCCAUGAGCUUACAAGACGUAUUCAGGAUGGAAUACAGACUGAGCCAAGCGUGCAUGAGAGGCCAUGACUUCUAUGAAGGGGUUCGAGCAGUGCUGAUUGACAAAGACCAGUCCCCCAGGUGGAAGCCAGCUGCUCUAGAAGAAGUCAGUGAUGAAUUUGUGGAUGAUUGUUUUAAGCCAUUGGGAAACAACGAUCUCAAGUUGUAAAGAUCAAGCCUAUUGAUAUCUUACACAUCUGGUUAAUUCUAUUAUAUAUAAAUUAACAGUAGUGUGAUAAAGUUUGGCAGGACUCGCUUAGCUAGCCUGAGAUUUGUAAGUCUAAUUUUUUGCAUUCAGGAACAUUUUUGUUACGCUGCCAUAACGGCAAAAUAAUAAUAUCUCUGGUUAAUAAGGGCAAGAAUUACUUCAAGGCAAAUUGUUAUUUUUAUUGCUUUACACAACGAUUAACAUUUAAUUUUUUGCAUCAACUCUUAGUUUAGGAGGAACCUUUGAGGGAGAGAGCAUAGUUAAGGGAUGACCUAAUAAGCAAGAGGUCAGGAGACCUUUGUGUUCUUGGCUCUGUCACUGAUCUGUUAAAUUGGGAUUGUGCCUCAGAUUCUUCUCUAUACAAUGAAAAUAAAAUAUACUUAAAGCUUUAAAAGAGUCAGAGCUACAAAGGAAAAUGUGACAUGCUAAAUCCAUGGUGUUAAGUAGUCUUUUAAAUAAAAGGUCAGACUGACACGUUAUUAGUCUGAGAGCAAGAAAUUGCUUUGAUUUAACAUUUGGUCGGUACUCAGUCUUGCUGUGUGAUGUAGACAUUGUUUCAGAUGUCAUAAUAUUGCCAGAGCCUAGAACACACUUCUGUUUGCUUGUAAACCCAAUUUUGUAAAAAUGUCAUUAAGUUUGAUUGAACUGCAUAGUUAGUUCUUCAUUAUUUCAGAAAUUGCUAGUUUUUCCCGGUCUUACAGUGGUGAAGAAAUAACUGUCUUGGACCUUCUUCUGAACACUAAGCAGCACAUUUCCUGUUGAUGUUGGUGACUGUCUGAUGAUUUGAGUCGUAGAGGUCAGCCUGGCCCUAAUACUACAAGUGGCUGGAGUUUCUCUAUACCAACUAGUUUGGGUUCCCAUUUGCUUAUGCCUGUGAAUAUCCUGUCUGCUGGGUGGAAAAUGUGUGACGGGGAGGGGGAGCACAGUGAUAUGUACAAAUAGGGGAAAACGUGACAUAUCUGCUGCUACAUGUAUUGUAUGGUUUUUUUAACACAACAUAUCCUAACAAAUUUACUUGUUGGGAUGAAAAUUUAAGAAUAAAUCAAAAACUCCUCGUUGUAUGUGCAUUAAAGGUUGCUGGGUUCUGACACUAAUAAUACUUGAAGUUAUGUGACAUAACCAGAGCCCCUUGAUAAAAGUGUAAUCUUUUCUGGGGGUGAAAUUAAUUUAUCUAUUCGUAUGCAACACAUAGCUACUCAUCUUCAACAUUAAGACUGCACGCUUUUCUAACGGUUAAUCAAAUCAUGUAUCAGUAUCUCUCCCUACUUGUUUCUACAGUUAUAGGCAGGUCACAAAUACAAAUUCUGGCUUACUCUGAAGAUGAACCACUGAGACUAAAGGAAGAAAACUUUUGUUCAGAUAACAUAGUCAGUAAUCAGCACUGGGGAAUGGAAAGGUCAGAGCUGCAGCAGAACGGAGCUUUCAACAUUGCGCCGUUCUUAUUGCCGACAGUCGUCGCCUACACUGGCUUAAGGCUCCUUCUUUCCCAGAAGCUGUUGCCUGGAAACAAAGUCCAGGAAAUUCAGGCAUCAAGGUGAACUACUAGAGUGACUUUCAAAUGGUUAGAGGUGAGCAAAAUGGAGAGCAAAAUCAAGAAAAAAUGGCACCUUGCCUUCUUCAUAAGAAUCUUUAAGCUAAAACUGUUAUAAUUUCAGCUGCAAAUUAAUGUUACCAUGUACGUAUUUGUUAUGAGACAGUCCUUGAGUUUAUUUUCAAAAGUAGUUGACAGAUUUCAUUUAGUACCUUUAGGGUUAUUCUGAAAAUAUGACUUGAAUUUCUACCUCAUGCUGGUUCUGUCAGAAAUGUUAACCCUCCCCCCUUAUUUUUUAAAACUUUUACAUUUUAGAUUCUUAAACAAUGGCUAUUUUUAUUUUUUUAAAAAUUGGUUCAUUCCAUUAUUUUUGUAUAAAGGGAGCAAACCUCAGUGACUACAUUUCGUGAAGAACACAGUAGUCCCCAGAGUAGGGAUCACGCCUUCUCUGACUGAAAAGGACUUCCGACAUUUUUGCAAGAGUAUAUUUCUGAAUCGAUAAACUUUGACUUGCAUAUUCAGUUGCUUCCAGAAUUGAUGUGAACAGGAAUUAUCUGAAACUCAUGGUAACAAGAUCGUGUCCAAUCUGUGAAUUUUUAUCAAAUAAAAGUCAUACAGGCAGAUGGUAAGUUUAAUUUUAUUUGGUCCACAAGAAAAUAUUUUCCACAAAAGAUACUGUAAAAAUAUAUUGUAGUGUGUUUUAUUUGGGAAUACUAAUGUGUCUUGCUCCAGAAGUUGUGCUGCAGUUAAUGUGUUUUGAACCACUGCUAGAAUAUCAAGUGAGUCGCAUUGCACCUACUCAGACUGUACUUACAUUUCCUGGAGAAAAUAUAAAGCAAAUGCAUUUUUAACUCCUAAACAGAAGUAAAUGGUUCUGCAGAGUAUGCCAGUCCCAUACUGGAGUGCCUUUACUACACCGGAUCAAGUCAAAGAAUCAGUGGCAACUUAGCUGGAAAGCCACUGUAAGGGGCUUUAUAAGACUGUAGCACAGCUUAGAGUAAUCUAAUUAUAAGUAAACAUAUGUAAUUUUAUGGUAAACAAGUAUUUAUUUUUAUUAUUAUUACGUAUUAGUAUGGUGUCUGUUACAAAGACAGCAGAACUCUGGAAAGAGAUCUCCUUCAAUCUCUCACCAGACUGUAGCAUUGAACAGAUUUUUUUUUUUUUUUUUUUUUGACAAAGGGCAAGUGCAUUAUUUAUUAAGGACAGCAUCUUGUAAAAGAGAUUCUUUUUCCUGGUGAGAAGCUGUCUCCCUGUUGUUUGUAAGCUUGCCUGCUUUCCAUUUGCCGCAUGCUUUCCUUGACGUACCACCGUCACAGAGAGCACCAUAAGCCCGCGGGAGGUGCGCUUCAGCCCGCAGUGCAGCUGCUGGCAUCCCGGACGGACGCGAGGCCGGGCUGUGGGGUGGCGGGCGGGCGGGGGCUGCCCGGGCGCUGCAGGCGCGUCGGGCCGUGUCGCCUGUGGGGGGCCCCGCCGCGCGGCCGCCCCACGCAGCAGCCGCUCCCCGUGGAAGCCCACCGCGAGGCGGGUCUGAUUGUGCCUGGCUAGCCUUCGCUAGUCAUCAGCACGGAUGCUAGGAUGUAACUUUAGGCUAUUUUGUAUUAUUUUACAAUUGUGCCUGCCGUUGGCCCGUGCGGCGGCAGCCUGCCGGCGGAGAAGCCGCUUUGGAACGUGCAGCUGGUUCUGUGACUGCAGGAGUGUCAGGAGCUGCGGCUACACCCAAAGGGAGGGGGGGGGACAUUGCAACAGGAGUCAUCGCAACACCUAACUCCCCACGGCAGCCACCCAGGUCUGUGUGCAAGGAUCAAGGCAGACAGAAAACUGCCCUCACCUUAAGAGUGCGUUUAGGAGUAUCUGCCAUUCACCCAUCCGGCAAAUAAUGUCUGCUGGAGAUUAGGUUCUCCCCCCACGCCUCUUCUUUUACUUACUGUCUUUAGCAGUGUUAACAUUCUGAAGACUAAUGUUACAGAAAGGUUGGCCUUUUUUUGUAAUAAAGCUUUAUUUUAGCUGUAUUAAGGAAUAUUUCUUAAUUCUGUGGCUAAGCAAUAUCCCGUGAUCUGAUCAGUGUUUUGGUUUUGCUUUUUAAUCCACCCUAGUAUAUGGCAUGGAGUUCUUUUAGAUGGAGCAAUGUAGGGUACGAUCCAAUGUUUUACAUGCUUUAGAGCUUCAAGGAACAUCGCUGUUAGCAGCCAACUUCAAAUGGGCCACCGUACCUUAGUCCCAGUUUACAUAUGGCUUCAAAGAAGACUACAUUACUUCAAAGAUGACAUUACAACAUAAGCAAACCGUGUUCCCUUUCUCAGGAAAAGCCUGAGACCAGUCUUAACAGCAGGGUCUAGUCUGGUCACUGGGAAUUCAGGGCAGUCUUGCGCUGUGUUACAAAGAAGAAUUUUUCACCGUUUACUGUUGAUAAAACCACUUCACCUUACAGAUGAAUUUCAAAUAACUAAGUUUGGGUCACAAAGUUUGCAAAACAGCUCAAUUCAUAGACUGUCUUAUGUCUGAGAAUAAGCUAAAAAUAACAAUUUACAUAGUCCUCUUUCUGCUUGCCUCCCCUUGCUUGAAAAAUCAUGCUUUCUACCAUUUACUAGAACUAUGUGUACCGUUUAGAAAUAGUAACAGUUUUUGCCAGUAUGGAAAGCAUUUUUCUAUAAACAGAAAACAUAACAUGGAAAUUACUUAGAUCUAGGAAAAAAACCUGCCUUUUAAACUGGCCUUGACAGAAAAUGGAACAAACGGGUACUAAAAAACCCCAAGCUUUUACAAGGCAUUCACUUUGUAUAAAAUGUCAGCAAAAUUGUAGCUUUCAGAUGACUAUGGUUAAUUUAUCCCUUUCUUGGUAUCCCAACUGCUAGCUACAAGUACUGUAGGUCAGGCUGCAGGUCCUGGAGAAGCAGGGUGGUGUGUAGGUGCAAGUGAGAUACAAAUUGGUAAAGACUGUAGCCCUUUCGCUUUGGGCCUAAGGCUUUUUCACUAAUUCAGUGCACUGCUCGGGCUUUAGGUUUCUGUAGCUCGUAUUUGCAUCGCCAUACACUGUUGUACCAACGGGUAAGUGAUGAGCCUACAGAAGCUGAAGGAAGGCGUCCUGUCCCAAGGGUGUGAGAGUGAAAUUUCCGUGUAAUGCAGCUAUCGUUCCCAUGAAACAAAUAGUUCUAAAACAGUUACGCCUUUGAAGGUUCAUUUCACUAGUUAGCAUCAGUAGUUUUUGUACACCCAUCUGGGUUACAGUAUAAAAACCAAAAACUCCUCCAAAACCAGUACCCUAACACACAAGGGAAAAAAAAAAAAAAAACAAACACAACAAAAAACACCAAAAAAAAAACCC